UACUUCCCAGGCUUUGCCAUGGGUUCGAGGGGAGGAGAGAGCUGGCCGGACACCAUCGCCGCCUUCCGGUCAGGUCCCACCGCGUUCCUCUUAUCUCACGGCGCCAAUGACACCUUUGUGGCCGAACUGCUGCGGGAUCUCCGGAGCGAAAGAUUAACGGAGCAGCUCAAGGUCUCGCUGCUGAUGCUCCUCUUGGAUUACCCCACGCUGCUGUGCCGAGAUGUGAAGGCGGGCCAAGAGGCGGCCGCCUCCCUCCUCUCCCUCUUCACCCAGCUGGGCCCCGGGUCCAAGCACGCCUCUCUGCGGCGCCACCUCCUCUUCGCCACGGGGACGGUGCUGGUGGCCACGGACGCCUUCGGGCCAUCUUGCCAGGCCUCCGGCGACUACCUGGCUCUGUUGCGCCAGCUGGCUUCGGACCUCAACGACGGGCGCGGGGGCGCCGCGGAGUGGCCCGUCCGGGCGGCCGCCUGCGAGUGCCUGCGGGAGCUGGCCACCAUCCACCGGCUGGUCCUGCUGCCCUCGCCGGGCGACCUCCGAGAGCUGAAGCUGGUGGUUUCGGCGCUGCUGGAGGGCUCCUACCUCCUCUCCCCGGCCGCCCAAAGCCACCUCUUGUGGCAUCUGGCGCAAGUGGUCAGCAUGGUGCGCACGCAGUCCCCCGCCAUCUUCAAAGCCCAGCUGGUGCGGCUUUUCGGCACGGCCGACGCGGCCCUCCAGCACGCCCUCCUGCAGCUGAAGGCGCUCUUCACCGACAGCCUCUUCACCUCCGAGGACGAAGCCUUCCUGCUCCGCCGCCUGGUGGCCCUGGCUCAGCACCCGGCGUUGCCGACUCCGGUGACCCUCUUCCACCUGGACUGCCUCCUGCACUUCCCGGAGAACCGUCCGCUGGGCUCGGGCACGGAGGAGGGGCUGCCGGUCCUCCUCACCCCGGGGGCCACGUCGGGCCUUUUCCCGGCCCUCUUCCAGGAUCCGGCCACCGCCUUGGCCCGGCUCAACGUGAUGUGCCUGGUGUGCGUGGAGAGCGAGGGCCCCAUGGCGGAGCAGGGAGCGGGCUACCUCCUGGAGCACGUCCUGGCCCUCGGGGGGCCGGUGGCCCGGGGAGGCGGGCCGGAGGCCGUCCGGCUUUUCUUCCAAGCGGCCUUCCUUUUCGCCCGCUCCUUCGGCGCCCGGGAGCCCCCCAUGGCCCAACUGACCCAGUGCGUGUUGGACCUCUACCGCCAGAACGGGGCCUUGGCCCCCAACGUGAUCAACCUGUUGGAUGAGUCCUGGGGGGCCGCCGAAGAGAGCCGCUGGUCUCGGAGCCUGGCCCGCGGCUUGCAGGCGCUCAUUGUGGGCUCUCCCUUGACCCCGGGCCGUCUCGGCGGCCACCUCAAGGUCUUGGCCCGCCUGGCCAAAGAGAAAGACCUCCCCCGGCUGGAGGCCUCCGCCGUGUACGCCACGCCGGACGGCCUCACCCGCUGCAGCCGGCUGGAGCCGGUAGAAGUGACCUUCUCGGAUCUGUUUAUGCCCCUCCCGGUGCCCGCCUGGCCUUCGGAAAAGCGCCAGGGCCUCUUUGGUGCCCUCUGGCACCGGCUGGAUCCCGGCGCCGAGGAAAAGUGUGCGGAGAGCCUCACCGUCCUGCUCUGGCACCGGCUGGACCCCGGCACCGUGGAAAAGUGCGCGGAGAGCCUCACCGUCCUACCGGUGGCGCCGGAGGACCUGGGGGCUAUGAUCCGAAGCCACUUUGCCAGGUACGUCGUGGCAGAGCAAGGGGGCUCCUACGAGAUCGGCAUGGUCCUCCCCCCAGGCUGCCACAUUCUCCUCCGGGUACGGAGCGUGGACGACGUGGCCCGCGUGGGCAUCCGUACGGACAACUGGAAACUCUUGCCUUCUCUAAACAACUACCUGCAGGGUCUGGCGGAGAGCCGGUGAAAGCGUGGGGGGGGGAUGCAGGAAAGAUGGGUGCCCGCUAAAGCCAACAGCAUCCUCUCGGCUUCUGAGCGCCUGCCUGUGUUCUGGGUAAUCUUCAAAUAAAAAAAAACCUUUUUUGUUUUGUU